UCAUGAGCCUGGCUUACACCCAGUAACAGUAUAAAAGGCUUUCCCUGAAUAGUAGAUCAGACCCACCUCACAGACUAAGCCACGCAGUAGCUCUCUGACCCAGAGCAGUAUCAGGACCACCGUGUAUCUCACAAGACUCGAGAAUCUAUUUACUACAGCAUGAAGCCGAGAAGACUGCUGUUAUCCGUGGCUCCUUUGCCCACAAUAACAGAGACACACGAGGAUGCCUCACAGACGGGAUGCUCCUCGCAGUCUAUGGAGGAAUAUAUCGACUCCAUUAAAAAGCUGGCCCAGCCUGCAUAUGGCCCUGUGCGGGUUGUACGGACUCUGAGGCCUUGUCUCUUUUCUAAGCCUCUGGACAAACACUUGGGAAGUAGCAGCCCACUUCGCUGCUCCUACAGGACCCCACGGUCACGUGUAGCCACACUGAGUCUAGACGAGCUCACACUCAGCAGCCACCGAGACCCAGUGGACUGGCUCUUUGCACAGACACAGUUACCUGCACCUCGAGAUGAGCUGCACAGGACUGACAGUGCACCAGCUGCCCUGAGGUUACUGUAAUAAACUACACACAAUGGAACUGUGUUGCACUGGACUGAGAAACGAUACACUGGAUGAUGUUGGAUGUGGACUUAGUAAUAGCUUAAUUUAUUUGUGUGUGUGUGUGUGUGUGUGUGUGUGUGUGUGUGUUUGUAUUUAGUUACACUGUAUAUUUUUAAAUAAAGUUAAACAAUUUGGAAAUGUGGUCAUUUUAAAGCUAUUUUUAAAUAUCUUAUGAUGAUCCUUUAAAUAAAUCUAUAUAGUGCAAACAGGAAGCAAUAGCACAUAUUGAAAACACAGUCAGUCAGAGUGGUUAUUGUAGGGUCAAUUGAACAUUUUGAAACAGCUUUGGUAAACUGUAAACCUUUAAAACCCAUUUUAAACCUUAAGGAUCAUGACUGUACCUGAAAUGAGUUUUAAAGAAAAUUAUACAGACAAAAAAAGCUA